AUGACCUCAGAGCAGAGAGGAGAGCUGCCCAAGACCAUGACUGACAUGUACUCACACUUCCUGCUGGUCCAGACUAAGAGGAAGAAGAAUAAGUACCAUGGAGGACAUGAGACAAGUCCACAGGAGCUGAUGGAGUCUGACAGGGAAGUUCUUCUGAAGCUGGGGAGGCUGGCGUUUGAACAUCUGGAAAAAGGAAACAUCAUGUUCUACCAAGAAGACCUGGAGCAGUGYGGUCUGGAUGUCACAGAGGCCUCAGUGUACUCAGGAGUUUGUACAGAGAUCUUCAAAAGAGAGAGUGUGAUCUUCCAGCAACCAGUUUACUGCUUUGUUCAUCUGAGCAUCCAGGAGUUUCUGGCUGCAGUUUACAUGUUCCACUGUUUCACCAGCAGGAAUACAGAGGUGAUGGAGACGUUCCUGGGAGAAACAUACACUGAAACAUCUCUGGAGGACUUCAUGGAAAAAAUGUUGGAGAAAUCUCUUUUCAAUAAAAAUGGCCACAUGGACAUGUUUGUUCGUUUCCUUCAUGGCCUCUCAGUUGAGUUCAACCAGAGUCUGUUAGGAGGCCUGCUGGGUCAGACGGAGAUCUGUCCAGAAAGCAUUAAGAGAGUCAUUGACAAUCUGAAGGAGAUGCGCAGUGAUUAUAUCUCCCCUGACAGAAGCAUCAACAUUUUCCACUGUCUGAUGGAGAUGAAAGAUCUCUCAGUUUAUCAUGAGAUCCAACAGUUCCUGAAAUCAGAGAACAGAUCAGAGAAGAAGCUCUCUGAGAUCCAGUGUUCAGCUCUGGCCUACAUGCUGCAGAUGUCAGAGGAGGUUUUGGAUGAGUUGGACCUGGAGAAAUACAACACCACAGAGAAAGGACGAGGGAGACUGAUUCCAGCUGUGAGAAAUUGCAGAAAGGCUCGACUUGUUGGCUGUAGACUCUCAGAGGGUGAAUGUAAAAUUGUGGCCUCUGCUCUGAAGUCCAAUCCCUCCCACCUGACUGAAGUGGAAAUAAGGGAGAUUUUUGGAGUGAGAACCUUUACAGACUCUGGCAUAAAGCACCUGUGUGACAUACUGGAGAGUUCAGUCUGUAAAGUCAAAAUCCUGAGUUUGAGGAACUGCAGUUUGUCAGAGAUCAGCUGUUCUUCUCUGGUCUCAGCUCUGAAGUCCAACCCGUCCCAUCUGACUGAACUGGACCUGAGCUACAACAACCUGGAAAAUGCUGGAGUGAAGGAGCUCUGUGGUUUUCUAGAGAAUCCUCUUUGUAAGCUGCAGAAACUGAGAUUGAAUAACUGUGGGUUGUCAGAGAUCAGCUGUUCUUCUCUGGCCUCAGCUCUGAAGUCCAAACCUUCCCAUCUGACKGAACUGGAGCUGAGAGACAACAACCUGAAGGAGUCAGACGUUCAGCAGCUGAAGGAUCUUGUAGAAAUUGUGGAGGUGGGACUGAUCUUUGUAAUCCAGAGAAGCUUCUCUGUCCUGCUGAACCUCGGAGGUUGAAGCUGCAGCAGUUUGAAUCUAAAGAGAUUCUGAURAACUCUGAGAUGAAAGAUUUUCAUCCUCUUCAUUUUCUCAUGUCUUUCAUUUUGUGUCUGAUCUUUGGAUCAGUGAAGAUCUACUGGAAAAUUGAUUAAAUUUUGUCCUGUAAUUWAAAAAAUAAAGCUAAU